AUGCUCUUAUAUUAUCAGGAAUAUUGGAAGUUGUUUUAGUUAUUUUGGAAGGAUUAUAAAUCUAGUAUUUAAUUUUAACCAUAUAUAAUGGUUGAGACUCCUAAGCCUCUAUAAAAGAGUUUUAGAAUAAUAGCAAAAUUGUUUUUCAUCUUAGGAUUAAAGUUUUGGAUUUCUUUUUAUUGUUGUGGAAUUGGUUUAUGGAUAUUAUUUGUGAAAAUGCCUAUCAUUUAUUUAAAUCCAUAAAAUGUUGAAAAUUAUUCCAAUGAUUUAUCAGAAUUUAUCUUUAAGAGACAAUAAGAAAUUUUGGAGAAUUAUUUCUGA